CAUGCUGUUUGGCAGACGGUUGUCAUAACACAACAAUCUCUUCGAAAACACGAUUAUUUGCAUCUGAAUUUUCCGCGCAUUUUCGGAAGGUUCGUUUCGGGGUUUAGUUGCAGAUUAUGUUGCUGUAAUUGGUCCCAACUCACGAAUGAUUUCGUGCCCACGCCUAGUGCCUUGCGAGUAGUGACGAACGAGUGCUCUUACAAGCGGAAUCGCAUUCUAAAAAAAUGGUGAUAUUGCAGCUCUUUGAGUAACGCGACGAGUGCAUUUCAACUGAAGCAAACAAUAGUGAUAAGAACAAGGCGAUGGCCACGGAAAUCGCUUCAUCUUCAGCACCGAUGAAUCCCACCGUAAUGGAUCAAGAACAGCACCAGCCGCGUACGGAUGAUACGUGCCAGGAAAAGUUUCACAAGGUGCUGAAUGCGUUUCUGAACCGCAGCUUCAAGAUCAACAACGAUGUCUAUCUGGAAAUGAUUGUCAGCCACCUGUCCGGCAAGUAUUGUGAAGACCAUCGGAAGCUGGUGAAAUCGCCGGAAGUGUUUCAAUGGUUGGAAACCAUCCUGCAGCAAUGGGAAAGCGAUCGUCCCCCAUCGACGGAUGUUGCCGCGUUCACGCUGCAGCUGCUGGCGAUGAUCGUGGAGAAUGAGUGGGAUUUUUCGCGCAUCCAAAACGGAAGCCGUAUGUUGGACCGGUUCCAGGAGUGCAUUCAGCGCAACGGAAAGAUGCAAAAUCCUUCCAUCAAGCUGGGCCAUGUGCUGGUGCUGAAAGCGAUCUCGCGCCACGCAAUGGGCAUGGCCUGGAUAAAGCAGUCCGGUUCUUGGCGCAUUUGUCUCGACUACUACAACGGCUAUCAGACGAUCUACAUAACGCGCGAAACGUCGCUGUUCAUUUACGAAGUGCUGGAACGCUUCUGUACGAUGGGCGAUUACGAGGAGGUAAAGGAGAUCGUACGCACCAUCCUGUCGCCGCUGAUCGAUUGCGUUUGGAAAAGCCCUGAGCAAGACGAUGCUGUGCUGGUGAACGAUUAUAAUUCGCAAAAAAUCAUUUCCCCCCUGCUGAACCUGAUGCAAACGUUGUUUCGCAAAAUCAUCGAAUCGAAGCAACGCACCCGGGUGGCGUACUUCAUACUGUACACGUACAAAUUCGAGCGAAAUCUCUGGAAGUUUACCGACACCAUGCACGAUCACACGUACCUGGCGAAAAUUUGGCAAACGCACAUUUUUGCCAACUGUGCACGGUUGUGCACGAUGGAAAUCCCGCCGGACGACACGUUCGCGGUAGAUCUGACCUUCGAUCGGUACACGAUCAACUUUCUGAACUACGUCAACUUUUCCAUACGGCGUGGUAACGUGCAAAAUGUGAUGCUUAUGGCCGAAACGCAUCACUCACUGUGGCGCAUUCUCGGAGACCGUGCGCCCGAGGAGGUGGUGCUCAAGAAUCAAAGCAUACGCUUCGGUGAUCAGAUACUGCUGCUGCAGCUCUUUCCCGUUGUGUACGAAAUGCAAUGCUUUGCGACGAAAGAUUUGCCGGAUUACAUUGAAAAGUUUUGCACCCAGCUGUACGACAUUGCUUGCGAGUUUACCAUCCGGCUGAUUUACGCCUGUCGGGACAUUUUCCAGGCCUACAAUCUGAACGUAACGGAGCUGGCAUGCAAAUCGAUACAGGGCAUUGUAACCACUCACAAGCUGCCGCGCCCGCGGGCCGUCAUCGCGUUUCAAGCGUUCGUGUACUUGCUGAAAGAGUUCCUGCCCGAUAUGUGUUGCUCGGUCGAGGGAGAAAAGGGGGCGUUCGGCAAGGCGGAUCUUAUGCUAAGCAAACCGAACCUGCUGUCGGCGAUCAUCAACGGGUUGAUGUCGUUGAUCGAGAAUUUCAAAAUCACCUGGAAGGAGUGCAUCGAAUCGACGGCGAUCGUGAACUUUAUGCUGAACCUGCUGGCCAACCCGAACCUUCCGCCAAGGCUGGUCGUACUGGCGCUAAAGCUCACGCAAACGUCUAUCGAACACUUUUUGGCACCGAAUCUUGCUCUGCUAAUGGAUAACAUAUCCGGCUCGGGACUGGAGCAUGUGGGUCACAUCAUCUACAAACGCUUGCACGAUCUCAGCUGGGAGUCUCGAGAUUCGGCGCUGGAGCUGCUCGCAUCGAUCGUCAGCAUUUCGGAAAUCAAAUUUCCCGCUUUUCAAAAGCACAUUCUCGAUUGUGAUAUCAUCCCGGUAGUGGAAGCUGCAGCAAAGAACGAUACCGAAGCGUAUGUGCGUGCGUCAGCCCUGCGGUGUUUGACGCUGAUGGUCAAGAUCCGUUUGCUGUGGGAUCAUUCCCUAUCGAAGCUCUCGUUAAUGAAUCACCUCAUUGAGGUCAUCGACAGCGAGAGUGAGGGUGUGGUGCGCCGUGAAGCAGUGAACACGGUGAAGGAAAUCUACGCCAAUCACAAAAUACAACCCCAGUGCUUGGAUAGCGUAUUUUCCGUCCUAUCGCACGCAGCCUCGAACGAUCUUUACUGGGAAGUGAAGAUCAAUGCGCUGCAGUUUUGGCGACUUGUCAUGUGUCGGCAGUUUCAACAUCAAGGAAUGAUCGACGGCACCUUCCCGGCGGUAACCUUCUCUAAGGAGCAUAAGAAAAUCGUUACCCUCACCGACCGGGAGAUUCAAACACGCCUCAUGAAGGUACUUAAUGAGCUUUCGCUGCGCGGUUGCCUUGGGGUGCUGCUCGCCUGCCUCGGAGACGAUUGUGAUCUGGGCGUGGUGAAGGAAACGAUCGCAAUCAUCAAUAAGCUGAUGUCAUACUUAAACCGGUACAAUUUUCUCGACUACUACCACGUCCUCGCGUCCAGAUUGCAAGGAGACUCAUCGGCAACAUCCGCGUCAAGUUCCACGGUGCCAGGUGUGGCAACCAGCGUUGCCGGCCAGCAGGCUCCGGCAUCCACACCCGGGAGAUUAUCUGUAAUCGAUACGAACUACUCGGAAGUUAAACCUCCGGAGCGCUCUUCUUUGGAAGCCGGUGCGCACUCAGCAAAUACGACUCACCAUGCGUCCGAUCAGAGUACGGCCACUUCCGGCGGAAAACAGGGCACUAGUGGAAGCGCAGCACCUCCGAGACAACAGCGGCGAAACGAUGCCGAUUACAACAGCGGUAACGUAGCGUGCAGUACGGCCAAUGCGGAUGAAAUCAUCGAUUCCAUCGUGAACCUGAACGACAUGAAUCUGCUGUCGGUAACGUACAAUCCACACAUGACGUCCGUAGCGACGGCGUACGGACGCCAACCGGGAGACGAUUGUGGUUGCGACGAGACGCUCCGGCAUGUGGACUUGUUCCGGCAGUUUGCCUCCGUAAGUGCGGAAGAGUUUUUGAACCGCGUGCAAACGCUCGACCUGUCCGCGAUCGUCGCCAGCCGUCAGCGAUGGUUAGAGAAUACGGAAAGCUUUGGAUCGUUGUUGGAAGACGUGCUGUUUUCGUAUUAUGCGGCCGACGUUAACGAUGCGGACUGUUACUGAGAGGUGCGUGCUGUAUUUUUUGUUUUUCAUCGCUUCUUUUUAUUUUAGUGGUAGUUUCUAAAGUAACUGUUCGCACGGGUUGUUCGUGUUCAACACAAAUAGUGAAAUGAUCCAAAAGCGUAGCGUUUCCCGCCCGAGAUGACAAAAACAGUAUCUUAAUUAACACGAUCAGUUCAAACUCAUGUUGGGAUGUCAUCAGGAUUUUUCAUUUCUGUUAAGACUUGUUUCCGACCAUCCGGUGGAUAUUUCGUUUCCGUGUCGUUUUAUUACGACGGGGUUAUCUAGCUGAAUAUUGAGUAAAUAUAACACUAGACAAGAGGAAAUAAUUUAUAAUUUUUGGAACAAUUA